AUGGAAAUAAAAAAUACUGUCAACAGAACUAAUUUAGGGCCUGCCUUACAUCCCUGCUAUGAAAUCGAUCAGUUCAGUUAUAAACUAACUACAACCCCUUCUGCAAUUUGUGUAAUAUUAUAUGGUUUUCUUACACUUUUGUCUGUUGUCACAGUUUGUGGAAACCUCCUUGUAAUAAUCUCUGUGCUUUACUUCAGACAACUCCACACUCCUACUAAUUUCCUCAUUCUGUCUCUGGCUGUUGUUGACCUGCUUGUUGGGAUUCUAGUUUUUCCUUUCAGUAUGACAUUCUCUCUAAGCAUAUGUUUGUAUUAUAGAGGUUUAUUUUGCAAGAUACGAGAUACUUUCGUKAUACUGUUUAGCACAUGCUCUAUCAUACAUCUAAGUUGCAUUUCUGUGGAUAGAUAUUAUGCAGUGUGUCAGCCCCUAACAUACAAAACCAAAAUCAGUCAUCAUGUAGUUGUCUUCAUGAUCACUGUAAGCUGGGGUGCUUCUGUGCUUAUUGGAGUUGGACUGAUAAUACCUGGAUUAAGAAAUGAACAAUGUGAUGAAACAUGUUUUAUUGAUGUUCUCAUAGCAAACACAGUUGGACCUAUAUUUUCAUUUUACCUUCCAGUUGUCAUAAUGUUGUGCAUCUACCUGAAGAUUUUCCUUGUUGCAGAGAAACAGGCAAGAAGCAUUCAAACAACAAUGAGGUGUGCAGCAACUGCCAGUAAGAUGGAAAAAAAAGCCACCAAAACCUUGGCUACUGUUCUGGGAGUGUUUCUUUUUUGUUGGACUCCCUUCUUUGUUUGUUUUACUUUUAUGUUUCAUGGUAAAAAAGCAGUUCCGGUUCCUGUAAUUGAAACGCUUAACUGGCUGGCCCUAACAAAUUCAACUUUGAACCCAUUCAUUUAUGCUUUCUUUUAUAGCUGGUUCAAAACAGCCUUCAAAAUUAUCAUAUCUGGAAAAACAUUACACAGUAACUUUGCCAACAUAAAGCUGCAAUGA